UACGAGUAUCUCGAGACGAACCUCACCACUUCAACUUUUCUACUUAACGGUCCAUUCGUAAUCAUCGAUUGCUCUUGAUAAAAUGAAUCGGUCAAGAGCGCAACCGUGGACGUGCGCAUAGAAUUUGAAUGCAAAGAGAAUGUGUCGAUGAAUACCACCGCGUACUGCCUCAUCAUACACGACCGCGUGGUUCAAUAAAACCCGUUGACAAACGUUGUGCGCAAAAUCACCUAACAACGUUGUACAUUAAAGGAGAGGGAGAUAAGACAAUAUAUAACUCUACGACGCAUCGAAGUUAAUCACAGUCUUCUUGAUAACAACAGUCAUGUCUGCAUCAACGUUCGUAGACCUGCAAGGUUUCAUCGUUGGAGGAAAAUUUAUCGUUAAGGAAUUUGCCUCUCUCAAAGAUGGAUUUGAACUCACCCACUAUUUGUUUACACCCACUUAUCCAUGGGAAUACCUUACCAAGGCAGAAAGAUGUCAGGUGGCAUGGUUGAAAGUGAAUCAUCAUGGAAUAUCAUGGGAGGAUGGAUUAAUUCCACACAGCAUGGCUAGGAGUUUGAUUACAAAGGCGGUGAUGGGUACAACUGCAACCGAUGAUGAAAUUCUCGUGUACGUCAAGGGAUGUGAGAAACGAGAAUGGUUGCGUGAUUUGCUUCUGGACGAGGCGAGACAGGAAGCUUACGUCGAGAAUAUUGAGACGCAUUACGAAGACAUAGAACCUCUAAACAAGUUGGACAUUAUGUACACGAUGUCAGAAUCAUGUGAACAACUGCGCUUUACAAAAUGUAUUUAAGCUGUUUAAUUGGUGGUCUAAGAAUAAAAAAUAUAUAUCGUAUCCAUUUUUUACAU